GAGGAGCUGAAAGUGGUGAAGGAUUUGCUCUGAAAGAUGGUGAUAUAUAAGGAGACGUGAACGCGCUGUGGUUCGCUUAUAUCAGAGUUGAGCUGCAGAGCUGAGCGGAUCUCACAUCCAUCUGAUCAUCUGCUGAGAUCAGAUGAAAGCCUGUCAAGAUCCUGUGAUUUAAUUAAUACAGGGGGGCUUUUUAGGAGAGCGCUAUAGUGGCGGAGAGCGGAACACACACACACACACACACACACACACACACACGCAGUACUAGAGCGCACAGAAGCACUAAGAAGUGAUCUCUCGUGCAGCUACGAUGAGCUUCGGCGUGGUGGUGAUCUCGGCUGGUGUACUGGGACUGCUCAGUUUUACUCUGCUCGCCGUGGCUGUGGGCACCGAGUACUGGUACAUCAUAGAGGUGGAUCAAGUGAUCAACUCCAGCUGGCACUUCGCCAGUUCGCACUCGGGCUUGUGGAGGAUCUAUGAAGGAAAGAAUGGCACUUUUCAUGACAUCUCCUUCUACAUGGACACUUCUGAGUUCAGUGAGCAGGAAAAACACCUCUUAAACCUGCACAGGGUCAUUGUCAUUUUGCUUCCUCUCAGCCUGGUUUUGCUGAUUUUCGGAGGCAUCUUUGGCCUGGUAGGCUCUCUUGCCCGCAGUUAUACACUCCUCACAUGUGUGGCUGUGUACUUCCUCACGUGCAGCCUCUUUACACUCUCUGGUGUGUGCAUCUACGUCAGUUACUCUCAGCAAGCCUUGGAUGAACUGCGGCGGCUGCUUGUCUGGCUGUGAACUGACAGAGGAAAGCUGUAGAGUUCUCUCCUCGGUUCUAAGCUCAAACUCUGUCUAUGAGAACCAGAUCUGAGGAACAACAAACUGCAGUAUUCAGGAGUGAAGCUGCUCUCGACUGGACUGGAGAAUCCACAGUGAUUACUAGAGAAACCCGCAAUAAGUACUUUGUCUCUCUUCCCCUCGUACACAUCCAAAAUAAUAACUUUAAUUACCAAAUAUUAUAUGCAAAAACAUUUGAUACAUAUAAAAAACUGAAAUAUGUUUCUCAAAGUCAUGUUUACUUCCUAUAUUUAUUUAUAUUAUGAAUAAAUACCACUUGUAUGUUAUUUUUAUUUUUUAGAAUUUUAAUGUCAUAAAUGUUUAGAAAUUGUGUGUCUGCUGGAGGUAUAACGUACCGUUGUUAUCUGUAAGAGUAGAUCUCUAUAAUUAUCUGCAAUCUGUGAUGUUUUGAUGUGAUCCUGAUCACAAUGCAUUGAAAAUAAUAUCAGGGUCACUAGAAAGAGGAGACAUUUAUAACAAAUGUAUUAAUAAUUAUGAUUCGUUACUUAGAAAACUUUAUUCAAUUUCUGAACCAGAUGUCCUGUAGAAUGUUCUGGAAAUCUAACAACGUUUUUCCCCAAAUCAAGCUUUAAAAUUCAAGAUUUGUAUUUGUCACGGGACAGAGUUGUAUGCAGAAUACAUCUUGCAAUGAAAUCAAACCCGAUCAGUCGCUCAGGAAUUGUGCAAUAACUAACGGUCUAGAAGGGAAAAAAAAGGUAAAAGAAGAUAUUAGAAAAUAUAUUAUAUAUAAUAGGAUGGUUUAUAAAUUGUGCAAGUAUAUUUAGUUGUGCAAAUAUAUUAAGAUGUACAAAGAACAACAAGUAACGAAGUAAACGGGCCAAAACCAGUAGAUUGACAAUGUGAGGUGAAUUGUCAGAUGCAGAGUAAAGACUUAUGGGAUGGUUUAUAUGAGCAUGCUCGUAUUGAGAAGUCUGAUGGCUUGUGAGAAGAUCCUCCUGAGUUAUCAGACAGCGGAAGCCCCUGCCUGAUGGCAACAGUCUGAACAGACAGUUACUGGGGUAAUUGAUGCAGAAACAGGACUGUUAAAAUCACCAACUGUUGUAUAUUUUAUGCAGAGAGGGUAGAGCAGUCUCUGAGAUGUGCUCUGCUAAGCACACCACCCUCUGAAGGGAUUCACAGUCCUGUUCAGAGCAAUUGCUGUACUGAGAUGCAGAGUCAGUAUGCUUUCCCUACCACCAGUACAGAAGGUUUUCAGGAUUACUGGUGAAACCUCUGAAUUUCCACACCUACCGAAGAUAAUAUAAUCUUUGUCUGGCAUUCUAUACCUGAGAUUGUGUGUGAGCAGACCAUGUUACGUUCUCAGAGAUGUGUUGGCCAAAGUAUUUGAAGCUGCUCACAGUCUCCACAUAGGUCAUAUUUUUCUGAAGUUUAUCACUAGCUCCUUGUUUUUGCUGAUGUAACCCUUGGUUAAAGGUAUUAAAAAUAAAAAAAAAGGAACCGACUACGCCACCUGGGUUAUUUAUUCACCCAGGAAAAUAGAUUGAACCCAAAAGAAUAAUUAAACCAAACAAAGUUACAAAAAUAUGAAGGACCCUGCUGGUUCGGAUGGGAUUAAAGACAGAGACGUGACUUUAAAAAAAUAGUACAAAUUUAUUAAACAAAAGAAUGCUUAAAAAUAUUUUAAAACACCAUUUACAGCUUACCAGUUAUUUACCCACAAUCGGAGAGACUAGAUUAAAUCCUCUUUGUAACAGAAGGGACAGAACACAGCAAAUCAGUGCAUAAUUCUUAAAAAAACAAGAAUAAACCAAAAAUAAACCCAAAACACACAAACAUUCGCCCCUUCUGCUUAAGUCUCAAAAAUCACAGCUCAUCAGAUAGUUACAUGUGGAAUUAGUUAUGUAAAUGGUACUUUCCAAACUGUUAGGCCAACAAGCUAAUUCGGGUUUAUGAAACGGUGUGUAAAAGCAUAUACGAAACAGGUACGAAACAGCAGCUAGCGUUUUUUGGCCGCACCUCACAAACGGGGUUAAACUAUUGUCACUUUAUGCUACCUGCGUUCAUGCACACCUCUCUUUUCUAGCCACCCAGCCUACAGAAAAAAAGGAAUCAAAGUACCCCACUCAACUGCGCUUUUUGUAAAGCCACAAACACGCCGACAUAAUUACGUGGCACAGGUGUGCUCAUUGUCAAAAGCGCAACUCCACAGCAGUGGGCAUGUCUUCGGAUUUAAAAUGCACCCAUUAUUUAUGCAUGUCUAUUUGUCUUCAUUUUAAAGACAUUCAACCGGUCACACUGACAUUACUGAAAAGACAGUUAUCCUGGCACCAUGAUGAUAAUUGGGCCACUUUAAGGUAAGCGGCCUCAUUGUUUUUGGCAGCAAAUUUGACACAGGAAGUAGAGCUGUUAGAGGACACUCAUAAGUGUAAAGAAAGUGAAACAGGGGGCUUAGGACACAGCCUUGAGGGGCUCCUACACUCGGGGUGGUGGAGUUGGAGCUGAACUGGCCUACUCUCACUACCCGGCGUCUGUCUGUGAAGUCAUGUGAGGUCGCACAGGGUGGCAUUCAUCCCUAAGUCCUUAAGUUUGGAGGUCAAUUUGUGUGAAACUAUUGUAUUAAAGGCUGAGCUGUAGUCAAUAAAUAUCAGCCUCACAUAAUUCCCCUUAUUGCUGUUGAUGUGCAUGGGAGAGAAGUGCAGACAUGACAAAUGGCAUCUUCAGUAGGCCUUUUUGGACAAUAGGAAAAAGGAAGAGGGUCUGUGGUAACAGGAAUGGAGGGGCAGAUAAUUUUUAUAAACCUUUUAAAAGCCUUCAUGACAUGACAGGUGAGUGCAAUAGGGCGAUAGAGAUUCAGGUAGGUGGGUUUGCUAUAUUUUGGCAGGGUGAUAAUUACAGAUCUUUUAAAGCAAGUGGGGACCACAGAUGUUGCAAGUGAUUCAUUGAUUAAGUUGAACAAACCACCAAGCUGGAUCUUCUAGAAGCUAGCUUUAGAAACUAUUUUCUGCUGACAGCAAUAGCCAACUAGUAAUGUUUAAUCAGUUACUUUAACUUUUGUGCUUGUUACAUUUCAAAAAGAUUAUAAAAGGUUUACUGGGCACAUGAUCAUCUUUUUAGACAUGUAACUGGCUUGAUAAGGGCAGAUAAGAUACAUCAGUAAAAGCUCAAUCUUAUUUUAAAGCAAGACUAAUAUUGGCAGGAUAUAAUCUAUUUUUUAUAGUUGGUUGUAGUUGUUGUAUAAUCUUCUUAUAUAACCUUAAAUUCUGUAAUAAAAUGCAUUCUGCAAUUUAUUGUAGAACCUUGAACCCAGAUUAGAAUUUAUUGUCUAUUCUCUCAUAUCUAAUAAUAAAAAUGUGUGCAGGAAAAAAAAUCCUAUAAAUGUGCUCAUGUGUUGUCCUGUCCACUGAAUCCUCUCUGUCUAAAAGAAACACUGUUUUAUGUUAACCCUUAGAUGUAUUAAUGACUGGGUUUGUGUGUCUGAGAUCAGCGUUUUGAUAUUUUUUCAUUU